UACUUUGUCGCCGAUAAUGGCGCAUUUUUUAAAGUUUUUCUACUUUAUUUUUAAUUUUUCAAUUUUUUAUGAUGCGGUGUUUUGUGAAUUUAAUGAUAUGAUUAAUGAAAAUGCCGUCUCCAUCAAAACGUAUAUGUUUUGGCCUGAAGCCACAGUACCUUUUUACAUAACACCUCAGCAUUUUGAUCACACCCAGUCGUUAGCAAUAAUGAAUGCCAUCGCGUACAUCUCUUUCAAGACGUGUAUAAAGUUCGUUCCGGUGCAGGACUGUCCCAAGGCUAACGAGCAUGUGUUGGUGUUUGAAAAUCCUGAGGGAAUCAGAAAGUGCGUCAUAAACAGUGGUGGGAAUUCCAUUGACGAGCCUCAUAGGUUGCUGAUCGGCUACGACUGUCUGCGAGCUCCUGAGAUAGACAUGCUCGUACUGAGGGCUCUCGGCUUCCCCUUCGAGCACAAUCGAUCCAUCAGAGAUCUGUACAUCGAGAUUCAACCAGAGAACUUUGAGCCAUCGGUAGCAGAGCUGUUUGCGAAAGAAUUUAAGAUGCCCCUGGAGUUCAGAUCGCUGCCGUAUGAUAUCAACAGCGUGAUGCACUUUGGUGAUAGAGAAUACAGCAAAAAUGGACACAGGGUUUUCUUAUUUAAGGAUCCAAAUACGUCACAGAGACGUGGCAGUUUAACCGCUUUGGACAUCCGCAAGAUAGAAAUCGUUUACGGUCCUGAAUGCCGUAAAAGAGAGCGAACAGAGAAAAUCGAAAUGUGCCAAAAUAUACCCGACAUGAAGAACUUAGCAGAAAAUAAUCCGUCAGAGUUGAAUAACGAUAUUGUCCCUUUCGGGAGAGCCAAGCGUGAUUCCAAUCCAGAUGCACUUGUCGAGAAGAACGACGAGACAAUGCGUAGAAAAAGAGAAAUAGGUAAUGGAGAGAGGAGUCUAAGGGUAAACCCAGAUAUAACGCCGCCUCCGUCCCCGACUGUAAGGGCGAAUACAGAUGUGACGCCGCCACCCUCAGAACAUCCACAGAAGAGCUUUGACCAGGAGCUGGAGGAUUUGGGUAUAAAAUCCGAUGUUGAACGGAUUAUCGAAGAGGUCUACAAAGUAACUAGAAUCGCGUUAGAACACGCAAGAAGUACAUAUUGCAACAAAACCAAAGCAUCUCUUCGAACAUACGAUGCGAAACCUUCUUUGAAACCUGUCUUUGUUUCGGAUAUUGUUUGGUCUAUAGUUAAUUACACUAAGAUAACUGUAGACAAAGCUUUAUUGAAUAUGACUCAGUUUUGUGCGGACUCUGACCUAUUAGAACAAUACCAAAGGGACAGCUGUCCAUUUUUCAAUAAACAUCUAUGUCCAAAAUCGUAUAGAUCCACUAAAUCUGGCAAUGUCAAAUAUCGUACCCAGCACAGACCUAUUAUAAAACAAUCAACAAAAUACCAUGUACAAAAAAGUCAUAUUUUUGAUAGCAUGUAUAGAUCUGGGAAUGCUACUGAAAACUCAGUAGACCAAGUUUCUGAAGUGAAUCAAGUGUUCGUUAAUGAAUCGAUAACUGCUUCUAUAAGUGCAGGUGUUUCGUUGUCAGAUGCUUCUAUAACGGAUGCUUCAGCAGCUCCAAGAAGAAAAAGGCAUGCUAUGGAUGCAGUGCAAAGUGCUUCAUCGCCAACACCAUCGGCUUCUAUUGGAUCAUCACCAGCUGAUUCUAAAGUUAGUAGUGGACAUGCACCAAAAUCGCACUCCAAUUCCCACCAUUCAAAAAAAGGAACGAAAACUAGACAUGCAAACUCAAAACAUGGCACCAGAAGUGGAAAGGCACACCGUUUAAGGUCAUCUAAGCACGGGCCACGCUCUGGCAACUCAUCACGUAUCAAACCAAAAACAACAUCAAAUCCUCUAAAAAUUAAACUACCAUUGUCUUUUGAGAACGCUUCCGCAUACGGUUGGGUUACAUGGCAGCCGAGUAACUCAUCAUCUGAAUUGCCAAAAAAUGAUUCAAAAUCGUCAACGGUAUCUGGAACAGUGCCUUCUGAACCUCAAUUUCGGGCACAGAACACCACUAAUUCUCCUAAAUCAAAUUUACGGAUGGGGACUACAAUAGUACAGGAUAAGAGAGUGUAUGAACAGAUCAGUCGGGAAAAGAGAGAUGUGGAAGCUGCUGAGAAUAAGCGACAGAAAACAGAAGAAAUCAAAGUGGACGUUCAAGGUGCAAAACCUACUAAUGAUUCGAGAAGAUAUUUUCAAAGUCGUAGAUUUCGUAUUAAUGGGCAGUUAAAGACAAACAAAAAAGAAUGGGAUCAAUCCAAAAUUUCACUAGAAGAGGACGGCCGCCGAUUUGCGAAAAGCAUUAAAUAUAAAAUUCAUGUACCACUCGAUAAGACAAUUGUUUCUGAACGAAGCUUCAAUGAUCGACAUAAAGAUAUCGAAAUUAAGUACAGAUAUCAAAGGAAAGAUAGAGAAGAUAAGAAAGUGAGAAAAGAGAGGGAAGACAGUAAACAGAGAUCUAAAAAAGCGAAGAUUGCUGAAGAGAGCGCAGAUAUUAAUGAGGAAGUGUUUACCAAAGAUAGUAGUCAAGAAGAUAGAAUUAAACCAAAGAAAAAAGAGAUCGACACUAGUGCAAGAGGACCGCCGAAAAAAACAAAGUCGAAACGACCUCGGACAAUUCCGAAAACCGUAAAAUUGACGGAGAAGAAUGUAGAGUUUUAUAGAGAAAGAAUGUGGCCUGAUGGCGCAGUCUACUUCAUUGUCAAGGACAAUAAAAGAUACGACGUUGAAGAUGUCCGUUCGCGUUUGAUGAAAGUGAACGACUUGUUAACUGCAAAAACUUGCACGCAUAUCGAAGAAAUAAAGGAGGAAGAUGUGGAGCGGUACGAGGACUUCCUGGUCCUGGACGACAGCCCUGACUAUGUCACCGGCAGGGUCGGUGGGAGACAGAAUUUCGGCGUAGUGGAGCUUUUAAAAGGCGGUCAGCACCGCCAACACGCCGCCAUGAUGGUAAUGGCCAUGCUCGGCUUCUACUUCGAAGUUGCCAGACACGAUCGCGAUAAGUACAUUCGAGUGCAUUUGCGGCAUGUGAGGCCCGACAAACUCCACCACUUUGAGAAAAUCCGAGACGACGCAACAUUCAAUUUGCCUUACGACUAUAAAUCGGCUACCCAUCCUGCGUGGCAGUUCUGGAGACAGAUUGGACGAACGGGAAUAUCUACUGUCGCUACUUAUAAAGAACAGGAUCCUGACGGCUCAUUGAUGAAGUCAUUAGGACAAAACAGUGAGUUACUAUCGGAGAGUGAUAUAAUAAAAAUCAACAGUAUCUACGGCACAGAAUGUUUCGGUGGUGAACCAUCACCCACUCAACUAGAUGAUGAAAAUACCAACAAUGAAAAGCAAACGAAACCACAUAAAAAACGAGACGAUAAAAUGGAGGAAUUCGACGAAGACAGCAAUAAAACGAAAGACGAAGAAACAGAGAGGGAAGAACAAGAGUUGCAAGAGCGUGCCAAUACAGAAGAUAAGAAACGAGAUAUUGAAAAAAAAAGUCGAAGUAAAAGAAAUAAGAGAUUGGACCUGCAUGAUGAAAGUUUCGAUAAGCGAGUUAAGAAAUCUAUAGAAAACACUUUGAUGAAACGUAGACCGCUGGUUGAAGAAGAAGAACUAGCAGCUAAACCGAAUCGGAUCAUGAAACGAAAAGGUGAUGAAAGCGACACAAAAAACACCAUGAAAUAAAAAUCACUUGAGCGCCUUCUAGAGGUCAAGUGAUUUCAGAAAGAAAAUGAAAUGCGAUAAAAGAACACAUAACAAGAUACCUAUAAAACGUUGAAACACCAUAUACAAAGAUCCAACAACAAGCACAUAGAAAAAUUCGUGAGGUUCGCUGGUUCGUUCCGUGUCUUAGUUGGCAUAGCGUCUGGCCCGGUUUGCUAGCCUUUUGACCGCCACUGACAAAGACUAGUUUCGUUCCCUAGACCCCAAGCCUAUUAUAGUGAUGUGAUAUGAAGAUUUGUACCUAAUAUUAAUUCAAUUCUUCUAAGUGAUAGAAGAACAUAACAACUAAUGCAACUAUGAAACCAUACUUGAUUACAAUAUAUAAAUAAUAACACAAGAAAUGUCUUAAUAUUUAUUAAUUAAUUCCAAUUGAAAAUGUUUUAUUGACGGUUUAAGACGUGAUUGAGUUAAUGUAAGACGCUUUGAAGUGUUCACGGCGGUCAAAGGGCUAGAAGACGUCAACCGACGCGUUUGGUUCGAAUCCGGUCAGGGUCCCGAUUCAGAACUUUUUGAUAUCUUAACCGAAUCGUUCAAUUGGAUAUCGUUCUCGAAUCGAAGGGCGCUUUCAGAGCUAUUCAGAACAUUCCGAGUUAAACGUUCGAUUAGGACCUAAAUACAUUAUCCAAGAGCGUUUACGGAGUUAGUCGGUGAAAUGGAUGACAAGAAAAACGAAAAUCCUUUUAUA